AUGUCCGGUAUGCCAAACAUGGGUGGUCCAGUUGGAACUGGUAUCCCCAUGAUGAAUAAUGGGGUACCCGGUGGAGCUGCGAGACAUCCUACGAUGAAAGAUGGCAACUCUUUUAGCCCUCGAUCGCAACUGAACACCUACAUUUACGAAUACUUUCUCAAGAGUGGCAUGUUUGAUUGCGCCAGAACAAUGUUGAAUGAACAAAUCAACGUCCAGAAAGAUAGCCUCAAUCGGGGCGACGCGGAAGAGGGAGACGAUUCGAAAGAUGACAUCGAUUCAAAGAGGCCCAGUGAUCUUCCUCUACCAAACCUUCCCAAGGAAUCUCCUGAAAAUGGCUGUUUUCUUUAUGAAUGGUUUUGCCUUUUCUGGGAAAUGUUCAAUGCUCAGCGAAACUCGGGGGAUCCAUCACGUAACGUUCUUGCCUAUGUCACUCACACACAGCAAACGCGCCAAAAGGCAGAGCAACAGCAGGCUUCGCUUCGUGCUCUCAAUCCAAAUGGAAUGCAUCCUGGUGCAGCCUAUGGUCGUAUGAACCCAGCGAUAAUGCAAAAUGAAAUUGCACGACAAGCAUUGAUGAAUGGUGGUAGAGGCAAACCCACUCCACAGCAGAUGCAACAGAUGCAACAAAUGCAACAGAUGCAGAAACAACAAGCAAUGCAGAGAGAACCUUCGGACGGCAACCAUCCACAACGAGCUCAAUCGCCAGGAGGAUCUGCCGAGAACGCUCCAUCCCCAUCCAAGCGACCACGAAUUGAAGGACCCGGAUUUAAUCAACAAGGUGGCAUGGGACCUAAUGGAAGAGGACAAACUGCUGGAAUUCCAGGCCAACAGUUCCAGGGUUUCCCAAAUCAAAAUCCACAAAAGAAUCUUCAAGCAUAUCAGGCUGGUUUGUCACAUCAGCAACAAAAGCAAAUGCCUGGUGCAGCUGCUGGAGGCCCCCCCAACCAAGGAUCGCCCAUGAUGACGCAAGGUGCUGAUGUGAACGCAAUGACUACUUAUGGUUACGGCGCGGGUGAAAUGGGUCAAAACGGUGUGAGAGGUGCUCCCGGUGGCCAACAAAGUGGCCAACAAGGUAACCAUGCUUUACAAGACUAUCAGAUGCAGUUGAUGUUGCUUGAGCAACAAAACAAGAAGAGACUAAUGAUGGCACGCCAAGAACAGGGUGCCGCUGAGGGCCAGGGAGGUCCCGGAGGACCUGGCAUGGGGCCCAAUGGGCCCAAUUUCCCCCAAGGAACCUCGCCACAAAGUGGUCCUCGAUCAGUGAACUCGCCAAACCCAAGCGAGCAGCAGAUGAAGCGAGGAACACCUCACAUGAAUAACCCAGGCAUUCCAUCUCCUCUACCCGAAGGUCAAAAUAGAGGAUCGCCGGGCGCAAUGAACUUCAACAUGGGACAGCCUGGGCAAAUGGAUGCAGGCAUGAACCCACAAUUCUACAAGAUGAACGAUAUGAAUGGUAACAUGAUGCCCAACGGCAUGCGACCCCCUAGUUCCCAUCCCGGAUUCCCACAAGGAAUGUCACAGCAGCAAAUGAUGAUGGCACGACAGCAAGCUGGCAACUGGCAGAAUGGUCCAAACGGCGGCGCUCCCAUGGUUGCCAACCCCUCCCAAGGACCCCCACAAGCUAUGGGCACACCUCAACAACGAAAUAUGCCUCCACCCGCAGCUCCUGCCAACGCUGGCGCGAACGGACGAACACAACCAUCGUCCCCUCAAGGAUCCGCCGCAAACCUCAACGCUGGUGCUACACCCUCCGCCGAUCCAACCCAAGAAGCCGCUACCCCCACCCCAGCGACCCCGAUCACCCCGGUUCACACGAAGACUUUCAACAAUGUUCCAAAUCCAAACGGUGCUGUUCAGCCCGUCAAUGGUCAACCUAUGGCGACUGCCCCGAACGUUGGAGUUGCCUCGUCGCAGCCUGAUCCUCUGAAUGCAUUCCCAAUGAAUGAUCAACCGUUUGAUAUGCUCGAGUUUAACAAUCCCAUGAAUGGAAAUUCGGAUGUUCUUACCGACUUUGACUUUGAUUCAUUCUUGAAUGAUUCUACUGGUGGUGCAGAUGACAAUUAUAACUUUGAUCCUUAUCUAGGAGAAAAUGAAAUAUCCGAGACUGUUUGA